UUGUUUUUGGGUACAACAAGAAUUUGCAUUGUCGUCUAAUUUUACUUGCUAAAUCCUAAAUACUGUGCAAGUUUUAACUUUAUUGUAAAGCAUGUUUUGAUAUAUGUGAAGCCCUUUGCAUAAUUUUACCAAUGAACAAAAAUUACGAGCGGUGUACUCGGUGCAAUCGUCGAAAAUUGCUAACUACUGGAUGUCUUCGCAAGUGGCUAAAACCGAUGGAAUGUAAACAUCUACAGCGAACUAUUGAUAACAAAAGAGAUUACAACGACACCGAUAUUGUAAGCUGUGUAUUCUUAACCGAACGUAUGCCUCCACCAAACACGAACAAGUUUAUGAAAUUUUGGAAGAAUAAACUAUUUAUAACUGGCAGUGUAAGGUCGCUCCAGCGAUACUUCACUAACAAAGUCGGAGGAAGUGAGUUUAUUCGCAACUUGAACAAGGCGAAUGAGCCGUCUACUUCAUCAGACAAGAGAAUAAGUUCUGCAGCUAUAUCAGAUCACAGAUGUGAGGUGGAGCCCUACAAGCAGUCAAGUCAAGUUAAAUGUUUACAUUCUGAUAGUCAUUCAGUGCUGCGAGGCCAUGAUAAACAUUCGUCUGCUGAAUCCUGUGCAAUUUACUGUCAAUUAGCUAAACAUGGCUGGUACUGGGGUGGUAUCACAUCCAGUGAGGCUGAAGAACUGCUAGCUGGACAACAUGACAAUGUGUUUCUAGUCCGGGACUCCAAUAGCUCUCGUCAUCUGCUGUGUGUCUCAUUCAGAUGUGUUGGGCGCACGCUGCAUGCACGCCUGCGCCAUGCCAAUGGCCUGUUCUCAUUGAAUGAUGAGACAUUUGUGCCAGCCAAUCGGAUAUCAGAACACUGUGCUACUGUUGAUGUUGCAUCUCAUCUAUUUGAAAGGCCGGUUAGACUAGCCCGACCAUUGAACAGAUUUGCUAAACUGGACUCACUUCAAAUGAUAUGUAGAUUUGUAAUAAGGCAGACAGUUAAUGCUAAUGCCAUCCAUCAGUUACCGCUGCCUCCUAAUCUUAUAUCAUACAUAAGUCUUGGCAGUGACUAUAUCUCGCCCCACAGUUAGAUCUGUUUGUAUACUAUUGCAACUCCAAAGCAAUGCAUUAAUUAUUAUAUUAUACUUUAGUACCCAUAUUCUUAAUAUCAGACUGUCAUUAUGUAGUGUUCAUGAAAAGUUUAUAUUGGAUGAAAUAUUUUAAUAAAAUGAUAAUGUUUAUGUAAAACACUUAUGUAA